ACACGCCAUUCGAAGACGAAGCCGAAGAAGACGCGGUGGCAUCCCGGUGAUUCGGUGCAGGCGGCUGGCAGUCACGUCAUUACAAAUUGGUUCGAGCAUCUAGCUACUUGAGGACGGCGGUGACAUAUGGCCUCCCAAGCAGGAGCUUCGACCUUAGCCCCCAUGGUGCAAGACGCGCCACAAGCGUGUCUGCUGCGCGUCAAGCGAGACAUUGCGGACUUCAACGCCGACCCGCCCCCGGGGAUCUUCAUCGCGCCGGAGGAGAAAUCCAUCACCAACAUCAACGCCAUCGUGAUGGGUGCGUCGAACACACCGCACGAAGGCGGCUUCUUUCACUUCUACGUGCAGUGUACCAACGAGUACCCGCUGAAGCCGCCCAACGUUCGCUUCUUGACCACCGACGCGGGGCGGAUCACGUUCAACGAACACAUCGCCCGCGACGGCUCCAUCUGCCUCAGCACGCUCAACACAAACGGGUCAGGGUGGAGUCCAGCCCAGUCCGUUAGCAGCCUUCUCGUUUCGAUCCAGUCGCUGCUGUCCGAGAUUCCCGCGUUCACCCAGAAAGAGGCCGCGGACCGUUUUGAAUCGAUCAUACAGCACGAGACGAUCAGGGUGGCUGUCUGCGACACGGUGGAGGCUUGCCUGCAAGAGGAUUCCCCUUUCGCGGAGACGCUCAAGGACGCCGUGUUCAAGAAAUUCGCGGAGUUGUACGACAAGUACGAAGACGUGGUCAAAUCGAGGCUGCAUCUCACUGGAACCAACAUGAACGACACGAUAGGCAUGAACACAGGUACCUAUCAGUUCGAAAACCUGCUGACACGGCUUCAAGAUCUGAAGGGAAAGGUCGCCGAGAAAAACGAAGCGACUGCAGCCACCGCCGACCAGUGAUGCCAGCAAACCAGCUCACAUAUCCAUUCGCAAGAAGCCAGCCGCGACAAAAUUUCACCUUUUUUAAGCUAUCGCAUUGCUCGACGAGCACUAUACGGAGACAUUGCCAGUGUGUUUUCUCUGAAGUGUUCCAGAUUAUUGAAGGAGUGCUGCGAAAAUACAGAAUAUUUGAAGCUCUUGCACACGAAAUUAAAGUGGGCAUUAAGUAUA